GCCAUUGUUUCACGCACUGUGUGGCAAGUGGUACCGUCCUGUUGAAACCGCAUAUUGUCCAAGUCCAUUUCAUCUAAUUCAGGCCAUAAAUAGUUUGCGUUCAUGUCAGGAGAACGUUCAGUGUUACCGGCAUUAUUUUCGGAAAAGGUCCACACUUUGUUCCACAGCAGCAAUAUUUUCGACCGUUCGACCUUUAAAAAAUCCAAUGGGUGUUUUCGCGUUUUGCACCGAUCCAGUUACUUCGAAUUUCUGAACCAAGCGGCUGACUGUUGACUCAGAUGCCUGGUUAUGUUGACCGAAAAAAUACGCGUUGUUCAACUGAGUAUCGCUUCAUGACUAAGGUUGCCAAAGCCUAUAGUACGAAUUUGGAGAGUGCUAUUAUGUACUUUUUUUUGUUGUCAAUUUCCUUGCUUUAUACAAAUGUAUGAAAUUACUUAAAUUUAUUCUCGCUUUUUGUUACUUUCAGGAUAAUAGUGGCUCAAUAGAAAACGAGGAGCUGAAAGGAUUUUUAAAAGAUCUGCUUGAAUUGGUGAAGAAGGAUGACUACGAUGCUCAAGAUUUGAAAGCCUUCGAGGAGACCAUACUGCGUGGUGUGGGCUAUGACAAAGAUGGUAAAAUCUCUCGUAAAGAACUCACAAUGAUACUGCUAACUUUGGCCAAAAUGCCACCAGAGGAUGAACAAUAAGUUUUUUUCCGCACACAAUACUCGUAGCAGUAACAACAAAAUUAGCUAAUUUGUAAAACAAAAAAAGGUGAAAGUGGUUUGGAAUGGAAAACACUUAACUUUUAAUGUUAAAAAUAUUUAAGACUUAUGAAAGUAAGCAAAAAUUUUGAUAGCAGUUAAAUGGAAAAUAGAAAAGUCAGCGCAUAAAUGGUAAAAAAGCCAAUAAAUUCCAAAAAAUUAAAUCACGAAGCCACACUUUUUAAUCGCUUGUGGCACACCAAUAAGCGAACACAAAUAAUAUACAAGAAAAAAUAGUUAAUUGAAAAAUAACAAUCACAAUAAUGCGAUUAAAAGUAAAAUAUUAUUAUAUUUAAAUAAAUAACAAAUUGCAAAAAGUCAGAAAAAAGGAUCGAAAAUUAAAUUAAAUUGCGAGCAACAAAGCAACACAAACUAACACAAGAAUACCACAAUAAAACAUUCAUCGAGGGAAAUUAUUUACUUUAAAAUGCUGCCGAUGUAAAGCAGUCAAUGAAAUAUAUACAUAUAUGUAUAGUAUAUGCAUGUAAAAUAUCAAAAUAAAUCAGCUGACGCAAAGAAAAAUAUAAAUAAAAAAUAUGUACUAUGUAUAAAAUAGCAAAUAUGUGGAAAUUUUAUUUAUGUAUGUAUAUGCGUAAAAUGUUUAGCUAACUACUGCUGUGUUUUAUUCGAAACGACUCCUAAAGGAACACUCAACUCGGUUAAAAUUCCCUCGUAGCUGCCUAAGCAAUCAUGUAUUAUUAUAUUAGGUGUCAUAUUUGAUGGAUUUAUUAAGUAUAAUGAAGAAAUCUUGAACAUAAUAAUAUGUUAUCGAUAAUUUUCAACAGUGUAGGAAGAAAAAAUAUGUUUAAGAGUCCGUUGCUGAAUUCAUCGUAGGUCGAUUUGCGUGU